AUGGCACCCGCAGCAUCCCAAUUCGAGCUGGCGCAACCGCCUAGCGACGCCAUCUCCUCGCUUUCAUAUGCGCCAGAGUCGCCUACCAGACUUCUGGUGUCCUGCUGGGACAAGAAGAUCUACCUCUACGACACACAUAGCGGAGGCGAAGAUGCGCCAGGCAUUCUCAUCAAAGCCAUUGAGUUCCGGGCGCCUGUCCUGGACGUAACCUUUGGCGCGACAGAUAACGAGGCCUACGCGGCGUGUUUAGACCACUGCGUCUACAAGAUCGACCUUGAGACAGAAGAGAAGCAAGUCAUUGCGCAACACGCUAUGCCGACCUUUCGCCACGCCGUUCUGACCAACCUCACAGCUCUCCUCAUCUCCGCCUCUUGGGACCUCACCCUCCAGAUUCACAACGCAACGUCGCCCUCUGAUACGAACAUCACCGUCCAGCUGCCCGGAAAGCCCCAUGCCUUGGCAGCUAGCCCCUCAAAGGUCGUCGUUGCCAUGACCGCACGCCUCGUCAACAUCUACGACCUGACCAACAUCCCCGCCCUCUUCGCCGAGCCCGGCCCUAACGACAUCAAGCCCUGGCAGCAGCGCGAGUCGUCGCUCAAGUUCCUCACCCGCGCCAUCUCCUGCAUGCCCAACGAUGCCGGCUACGCCACCAGCAGUAUCGAGGGUCGCGUCGCCGUCGAAUGGUUCGAGGACUCGGCCGAGUCCCAGGCUCGCAAGUACGCCUUCAAGUGCCAUCGCGCGGCUGCGCCUGAUGGCGAGGGCGAUAUCGUGUACCCGGUCAAUGCUAUGACGUUCCACCCCGUUUACGGCACCUUUGCCUCGGGUGGUGGUGAUGGGACGGUCGCCUUGUGGGACGCCGAGGCCAAGCGCAGGAUGAAGCAGUACCAAAAGUUCCCCGAUAGCGUCGCGGCUCUAGCUUUCUCCAAGGAUGGCAAGUACCUUGCCGUUGGUGUCUGCCCAGGUUUCGAAACAGGCAUGGAGGACUAUAGCGCUGAAGGCAAGGCAAGCGUGUUCAUCCGUGAGCUUGGCGAAACGGAAGCCAAGGGCAAGGGUGCGAAGUGA